UUUGACAGGAAGAGUCGUGCUGGAAGUUCGGAGAUACCAGGAAGAGACCAUCCUUGUUUAUGGCCGUGAUACUGACAUCUAAAGAGAGAGAGAGAGAGAGAGAGAGAGAGAGAGAGCUAUUUGCUUAACGGGGCUAAACUAACCCAGCUUUAACACAGUGACACCACCAAGUAGUCUGUUUUAAGAGUUCAUUGAUAAAGUCACGACAGGGCAUCGCUGUAUGAGUUUGUUCAUUUUUACCUGGCAAUUCCUCGGCAACCUGGUGACAACCUUGCCCGAGUCUGGCUUCUAGAAAAACUGUACACUGUUUGUACGUGCCAACACAUGCAGGUCUUUUACAUUUUGUAAAUGUAACAUCGGAAUCGUCUGGAUCGUCUUUUCUGGGACUUUCUCUUCUCUCGGAACCCUGACCUGAAUGUACUGUACUGCUUAUCUCAAGUGUCUACCCAGAAGAUGUUGAGGAAUCUGUACUACAUAUAGAGAGAGAGAUGAAAGAGACGGAGAGAGAUGAUUCCUGAAAGUGAGGCAGAGAGAGGCCGCUGAGUCCUAGAGACCACCCACCCUCCUUCCCUUAAACCCCUCCCCUUGUCCCCUCUGACCCCCUCUUCCCUCACAAUGUUGGAGGGUCUGGCCGCCUGGGUGCUCAACACCUACCUGGGAAAGUAUGUUAGCAACCUCAACACCGAUCAGCUCUCCAUCGCACUGCUCAAAGGUGCGGUGGAGCUGGAGAAUCUGCCCUUGCGCCAGGAUGCCCUUCGGGAGUUUGACCUACCCUUCGAGGUCAAAGCAGGGUUCAUUGGAAAGAUCACCCUUCAGAUCCCCUUCUACCGGCCCCAAAGUGACCCCUGGCUCAUCUCCAUCUCCCAGCUGCACCUGAUCGGAGGGCCAGCCCGCCUUCAGGAGUUCGAUGAGGAGGCAGAAAAGAAGGGCGAGAGAGAGAGGAAGAGGGAGCUGCUCAAAGCACUUGAGGACAAGUGGAAGAGUGAAUGCCAGCAGAAGGGAGAGUCCUACUGGUACUCUGUCACCGCUUCCAUGGUGACAAGGAUUGUGGAGAACAUUGAGUUGAAGAUUCAGGAUCUGCACCUGCGCUUCGAAGAUAGCAUCUCUAACCCUGAGAAGCCGUUUGCGUUUGGGGUGUGCAUCAAGCGUGUGUCGGCACAGAACGCCACCAAAGAGCCGGCACAGAAGCUGCAGCGACAGAAGCAGUUGGAGAUCGAGGAGUUCAGUGUGUACUGGGAUGUGGAAUGCAGUAUGCUGGGGGACCUUCCCCCUGCAGAGAUCCAGGAGGCAAUGGCCCUCUGCAUGCAAAGCCGGGAGCACCAGUACAUCCUGGAGCCAGUGUGUGCCUCAGCCCUGCUUCGUCGGAACAUCUCCAAAGAGCCCCUGCGCGCCCGGAGCACCCCUCGCAUUGAGGGACAGGUCCAGCUGGAGUCCAUCUCCCUCAAACUGUCCCAGGUGCAAUACCAGCAGAUCAUGGCAUUCCUGAAGGAGUUGGAUCGGAGAGAGAGGGAACUGCUCUUCAGGAAGUGGAGACCAAAAGUCCCAGUGACCAAAAACUGCCGGGAGUGGUGGAUGUUUGCCAUAAACGCCAACCUGUGGGAGAUUCAGGAGCAGCAGCACCGCAGGAACUGGACAUUUGCUCUGCAACGGGCACGCGAUGCCUUACUCUACACCAACCUAUAUUUCCAGAGACUGAAGGGGGGGAUACUGAGCCUAGAGGAAGAGGAGGAGAUGGAGCGUGUGGAGGAUGAGCAGAGUCUGGAGGAGUUGAAGAUCCUGCGAGAGAUCGUCCACGAGCGAUUAAACAAGCAGGAGGAGCUGGCAGAGAGCCUGAGGGAGCCCAUGUCGGAGCCAGCCUGCACCUUGCCUUCUAGCUCGCUCCCGAAGAGUGGCAGCACAGGGAUGAUCCAGUACCUGCAGUCCUGGUUCCCGGGAUGGGGCGGCUGGUAUGGAGUCUCAGAGAACCCGCAGCAAAGCGGGGAGGGUGGCAGUGUUCCAACGGAGGGCAUGAUCCCUGGGGCAGAGUCCUGGAACCCUGAAGAUCUGCUGGGUGCAGAUGACCUCUUUGACCCCCUGGAGGACUCUCAGACUCUGAACAGCUUCACUCGGCGUGACCGCGUCUUCGCUCGGCUCGACUUCCUGCUUGAGAAGGGUGCGGUCACACUGUUGCACCAGGACGGGAAGAGUGCAUUGCCGCGGGAGACCGGUGUCAUACAGCUCGAGUUCUCAGGGGUGAAGAUCGGAGUGGAGUCCCUCCCUCGCACUGACUCCUCUCUGCUCUCUGUUCAGUUGGGGGGGCUUUUCAUGCGGGACCUCACCACCCAAGGAACCAUCUUCCCUGUCCUUGUCUCCCCCAAACCGAGCAUUGGCCAACCUUUUGGUCAAAGUAGUGGUUCGGAGACCCAAUACACAGGCCCGAGCUCAGAGAGCACGCAGCCCCCUGUGUUCGAGAUGAUUUACGAGAGGAAUCCCUCGCACAGCGACUUUGAGAGACGACUAGAGGUCAGCACCAGCCCACUGAACAUCAUCUACAACCAGCAGGCCAUCAAGAAGGUGACAGACUUCUUCUACAAGGGCAAGGUGCACACCACAGGGUUUGGCUACCAGUCUGAGUUGGAGCUGCGGGUAGCAGAGACGGCCAGGAGGCAGUACAACAAGCUGAAGAUGCAGACCAAGACUGAGAUCCGGCAGACCCUCGACCAGUUACUGGUGGGAGAGUUCAUUGAGAACAGUAAGCGCUGGACCAUGAAGCUGGAUAUCUGCGCCCCCCAGGUUGUCUUCCCAGAUGAUUUCCAGUCCCCUGACCCUGUGUUGGUAGUGGUGGAUCUGGGGCGCAUUCUCCUCACAAAUUCCCAAGAAGACUCUAAAGUAAAGUCCAGGGACACACAUGUGGAGGGAGAGGAACUUAGUGAUGACGAAUAUGCAACCCCCUUAGCAACGCCACCUGGGUCUCCACCCCCCGAACUCGAGGCCGAGGUCAAGGGUCAGGGGAAGUGCCUUGAUCUGUCAAGCCUGUCGGGAAGCGAGGGAGGACUUUACUACAGCAGGAAACUGUACGAGAAGUAUUCCCUGUCAUUCCUAGACCUUCAGAUCAUGGUGGGCCGACACAAGGACAACUGGAAGAACCUUCAGGAGAGCGAGGUGGGGCCCACGCACGUGGUGGAGAGGUUCAACGUCCUUCUCCAGCUGGAGCAGCGGCUGCGUUACACCUCUGACCCUCAGCUCCCUGGGGCUGUGCUCUCAGGAACUCUACCAGACCUCAAGGUCCAUAUCAAUGAGGAUAAAUUGACAGCUUUGCGGAACUGCCUGGCCCAACUGGAUAACCCCGACAUGGAGCAAGCAGAUGCAGGGGAGAAAGAAGUGCGUGAAAAGUCCAAAUUGGCCGACUCCUCGACUUUGCGUCAUGAGAAGAUCUUCCUGAAAGAUGACAGCCAGUGGAGGCUGCAAGGUUCUGCCAUGAACCUGACCCAGAGUGUGAUGACCCUUGAGCAGCACACCAGAGAAGUCCUAGUGGAAUCCAGACUCCUACUGGCUGAGUUCAAUAUCAAUUAUGUCCAGCUGGGGGUGGAGAGUGGUGGGCGCUACAUCUCUGUCCUUAAAGUCUAUGGCACAAAUGCCCACUUUGUCAAGCGACCCUAUGAUGCUGAAGUGUCCCUCACUGUCCAUGGUCUUCUGCUGGUGGACACUCUACAGACCUACGGCACAGACUUUGACCUCCUGGUGGCUUCUCACAAGCACCUCAGUUUUGACGUGCCCACUGGCAGCCUCCGGGACAGCCGCCCACAGUCCCCAGUUUCCCCCAACUCGCAACCGACUAAGACUUUUACCCUGCAUGACGAAUCUCCUUCUAGGUCAGCCUCUGAUAAGAUGCCUUCCAUCUCCACAGCAUUCAAGAAUGAGGAGGCCCUCAUCAAGCUGGAGUACCAGUUUGUUAGCUCAGAUUGCCCUUCAAUGAACUUGGACAGCUCCCUGCAGGUUACCUCCAUGCAGGUCAACAACCUUGACAUUAUCCUCAACCCUGAGACGAUAGUGGAGCUGCUUAAGUUCCUCCAGAAGUCUUUUCCCAAGGAGAAGGAAGACCAGAUUUCUCCACUCCAAGUGCGACAGACUGCACAUGACCAAAUCGUGGAUGCUUCCAAUCAGGAAACCUUCCAGUCCACCUAUGACCAGAACACAGAGGUGACCGUGGAGAUCCACCGGCUGAAUGUUCUUCUGUUGCGUACAGUGGCUUCUGGCCCUUUCUUGGGGUCUGAAAAAAAGUGCAUUAAGAUUGCCACGGCAAGUAUGAGUGGCACAAAGGUAAAUGUUUCUAUGGGCAGUCGGCUGGAGGUCAAUGGCUCCCUUGGAUGUCUGCAGCUGGUCGACCUUGCCCAAGAAGGCUGCCGAAGCCAGUUUGUAGUCAGCAUCGGGAAUCUGGAAGAUGUUUCCCCAUUCAGGGGGCUGGAUUUCAUGGAGAAUGCUGUAGGGACACCCCUAGAAGCUCUGAGUUUUCAUUUCCUUAAGAAGACCCAGGAGGAGUGCUCCCUACAGCUUCAGAUGGCCUCGCUGCAUUACAACCACUCGGCAAGAUUCCUCAAAGAUCUGAGCCUCUCAGCCAAUGAAGUGGAGGACAACUUCCGCUCCAUGCUGAAGAGCGCAGCUAGCAAGGUGUCCACCGUGCUGGUCACAAAGACAGCAGAGUACAGCGAAAUGGUCUCCAUCUUUGAGACCCCUUCCAGGAAGAGCCGAGGGGGUUUACUCUUUGAAGAGGAUGCCCUGGAGGAAGAGCCGAGCAUGGAGGAAGAGCCGAGCAUUGAGGAGCUCAUGGUCAAGCUCAUCCUGAACGUCAACAUAGACUCUCCGGUGGUCUCUAUCCCCAGAAAGCCUGGCAGCCCUGAGCUGUUGGUGGGACACCUAGGGAGCAUCUCCAUCCAAAACUUUGUGGCCGGGCAGGGCAGUUCGGAGAGGGCGAAGCUGCAGGUAGAAGUGAAGGACAUCCGGCUCUACUCCCUCAACACCAGCAAGCUGGGGCCCCGCAAGGCCCCUGGCACAGACCUCAGCCCUUCCUCCUCCCGCUCCCCAUCACACAACGGCAUCUCUAACCAGGUCGAACCGCAGUUCACCCGGCAUGACUUCUUCGAGUCUGUGCUCCGCAAACAAGCCUUUCACAUCCUGAAGGAUACCACUAUCCAGUUCACUAUGGAGAAGGUCCCCAUCGAUCAGGAUUCUGAGUUCUCCUUCCUCUCCUGCGAGGAUUCCUUUCACAGCAACAGCCUGAUGAAGAUCGAGGGCAAGUUUGUCAAUGCUGUGCAGGUGUCGUUGGCAAAGCCAGUGUACGAGCAGGUCCUGCAAACCCUGGACAACCUGAACUUCAUUGAAGAGCAACGUGUCACCCCCAAUGAGUCCCCUACCCCCCCUCCUCCAACCCCCUCCUCCUCCAAACCUCUCCGGUUCCCAGACCCGCAGGGGGGGCUAUUCGGACGAGAUGCCACCUCCACCAGCCUCUCCUACUCCUCCCUGUCCUCCACCCAGCCUCUCACCCCACCCAGAGAUCCUCCCUCAUUCACCCAGAUCCAAGCUACCUUUAAGAUAGCAGAGCUCCAGGUUCAACUGUCUGCGGAUCUCAGUUUGGGAUCCCAAGGACUGGUCAGCCUCUGCUUCCAGGACUUAGAAGGGGAAUUCUCCAAAGACCACCCUUGUACACUGGCUGUCCAGCUGACCCUCCGCUCCCUACUUAUGGAAGAUCUACUGGAACCCAACCCUGAUUCCAAAUACAAGCACCUCAUGGUUUCGCGGGGAGCCCCCAAACCCUCUACCUUCUCCCCUAAGGAGUAUCUUUCCCAAUCCUGCCCUUCAUCAUCCAAUGCUCAGUUCCCUGACAUGCCUCGCUCCCUUCCAGCCCAGAUGGAGGAAGCCCAAAAUGUGUUUGAGCUUUAUCAGAGGCACCCUGGUAUGUCUGCCACCCCAGGUGGGGCCAGGAAGCACAAGGAGGAACCUGCCUACCCAAGCACCCCACCUCCUUCCCCUACCCACAACACCCCAUCUCCCAAUCCCAUGCCAGCCUUCGAUGACUCCCUGGUCCACAUCAAUGUCCUCCUGGUGGACAAGCAUCAUGCGGAAUUCCAAAGCCGCUACGGAGGAAUUGGCCGCAGUGUGGACGUGGAUUUCAACUGCUUGGAUGUUCUCAUCACCCUCCAGACCUGGGUAGUCAUUUUGGAUUUCUUUGGGAUCGGAUCUACCGCCAACAAUCACGGCCUCCGAACCACUCCCUGCCCAGCUGAGGACUACCCCCCGCUGCACCCCCCCGCCCCAGGAUAUGCAGAAGAAGAUGAAGAGGGGAAGACAGAGGGGGUCAACACCAAGUUUGACCUCAAGGUUCAUGCCCUGUCUCUCGUGCUCAACAAGAAGACCAAUGAGCUUGCCAAAGCCAGUGUCUCCAAGCUCUCCACCCAUGUGGAAAUGAUUGAUGGAGAUCUGUCUUUGCAGGGUAGCCUGGGAAGCCUGUCUCUAAGCGACCUGACCCCCCAUGGAGAUCUGUACCGGGAGCGUUUCACCACUAGAGGGGGCGAGGCACUGAUCUUCGAUAUCUACAAGUACGGUCUCCCUGACCCCAGCCUGUUGCGAAGGUGUGAUAUCAAGGUGAGCCUGCAGAUGGCGUCCGUGCAGUACGUGCACACGCAGCGCUUCCAGGCCGAGGUGGUGGCCUUCAUUCAGCACUUCACCCAGCUGCAGGACGUCCUGGGCAGGCAGCGGGCCGCCAUGGAGGGCCAUGCAGUUCGAGAGCGUCCUCAGCGAGCUGCGCGGGUCCUCCUAGAUAUUGAGGCAGGCGCCCCGGUCCUCCUCAUCCCAGAGAGCUCCCGCUCUCACCGCCUCAUCGUGGUCAACCUGGGCAAGCUGCAGGUCUGCAACCGCUUCCUGAAUGCGGGCUCACCGGGCACCUUCUCUCUCCGAGACAAGGUAGAGAAAAUUACCAUGGCUCAUUCCUUUUUCCCAUCUCUGGAUCGUGAGAAGCGUGCCACCCAGGGUGAAGGUAAGAAGAGGGCGAGUGAGCAAGAGACCCAGAGUAAGCCUCCCCCAGACCAGGCGAAUUCCACGAGUGCCCCCCCUGCUUUCACUUUGGGCCGCCCACAGUGGGGGCCGGGAAGGAUGCCCGUGGUGGACAUCCCGGUAAACCCAGAGGACCAUGUGUGCCUGCUUGAUUGCAUUGUGUUGGACCUUCAGGAGAUGGAUAUCUUUGCUGCGGAGCAGCUGCCUCGGGACAGCUCGGAGUGUGGGGAGGAUGAGAAGGAGGCCAGCACAGACCUGCUCUUCCCCUCCUACUCGGUGAGGCGCACCGGGGUCAACCUGCUGAAGGAGCGCUGCCGGCUCAAACUGCAAGUGGAGAGGAACCUGGACAAGGAGCUGAGUCACGCCGUGCCGGACAUGUCUAUCCAUGGCAGCCUGUCCUCAGUGCACUGCUCCCUGGACCUGGAGCGCUAUCGACUCAUCAGGGGACUACUGGAGAACAACCUGGGGGAGCCAGUGGAGGAGUUCCUGAGACCCUACAACCUGCAGGACCCCAGAAGCUAUACGGUGCUGAGUGGAGAGGUGUACACAAGCCUGUCCUUCCUCGUUGAUAUGAUGAAUGUCAGUCUGGAGCUGCUCGAUUCCUCCCAAACAGCAGGGGGCAGCACCUCCCUCGCAAGGUUUGAUUUCAUGAAAUCCAAGCUGUUGUUUGAGAGCUUUUCCAAUGGCACCAUGUCUGUGAACCUGGUGUCACACUCCCUCCUGGCGUUCGAUACUCGCAGCGUGGGGCACAGAGCGACAAGCAAGGGACAAGCUACCAGUGGGACAGAGCAGCAGAGGCAUAAUGUCUUCGACUGCAUUCUCCAGCCUUCCAAAACCGGGGCCAACCAAGCAUCCCUGCAGAUGGAGCUGCACUUCCGGUCUACGCGUGACUCUUCCAGUUUCACGGUGGUUCUGAAUAACCUGCGUGUCUUUUUGAUCUUCGAUUGGCUGCUGCUGGUGCGUGACUUCCUGCGCACUCCGGGGGAGAAGGCUCCCCCCCCUCCUCGGCAGCGCUGGUCGAGCGGGAGCAGCACCGAGUCGGCACCAUCCGGAGCUGUGAUGCCCAAAACCAUUAAGACUGGUGUGGUGACCAAGCGGUCCACCGUCCCUGUCACCCAGGAGCACCACCUGGAGGUGAAGAUCAACAUCACAGGCACAGAGUUUGUGGUGGUUGAGGACUCCUCUUGUCUCGACACCAAUGCCAUCAUCCUCAAGGGCACCACCGUCCUGACCUACAAACCACGCCUAGCCGAGCGCCCCUUCUCGGGCAGCCUCGCGGGAAUCGAGGUGUUCUCGUGCCGACUGGACAGUGAGCAGGAGACGGCCCUCUCUAUCAUCGACCCUGUCAAUGUACAGGUGGAGCUGAUGGGGAACCCCACCUACCAGAGCAGCUCUGGACUGCUAGAUGCCUUCAACACAGAGGACUUCCCUCCGCUGCUCGAGAUCCAGUUCCCAGCCCUGGAUAUCCGCCUGUCCUACAACGAUGUGCAGCUCUUCCUUGCCAUUGCCAAGUCCAUCCCCACCUCGGGGUCCACAUCCCCUCCAGACCCCACCCUGGACGCAGAGCCUAGCACCUCCAAGACCACCCAGGACCUGUUCAGGCACAAAACAGAAGCCAUCCUGGAAACGCAGCUGACUCGAUUGCAGGACCUGGGCUUUAAGAAAGAGGACUGUCGACGGGCCCUGGUUCUCUGUAAAGGUCAGCUGGACCAGGCCGCCACAUGGCUCUUCAAGAACGCAGAGUCAGUGACAUCACAUCCUGCAGGCAGCGCUGCCGCUGGCUGUGCCCAUCCCGUGGCCCAGCCUCUCUCUGGGGUGGAGGUGAAAGCGGAGAGCGUGUGUAUCUGCUUCAUUGAUGACUGUCUGGACUGUGACGUGCCACUGGCUGAGAUCACCUUCUCACGACUGUACUUCCUGCAGCGGAUGGGUUCAAACCCAGAGGGGACCGCCAGCUUCACUCUGUCAGGAGAUUACUACAACCGUGAGCUCUCCGGCUGGGAGCCAUUCAUCGAGCCCUGGCCUUGCUCUGUUACCUGGCAGCAGCAGGCCGCUGGACAUCUGCACCCUCCUCGCUUGAAACUGGGCAUCAAGGCCAGACAGAGACUGGACGUCAACAUCACAUCUGUCUUACUAGUGCAGUACAACACGACCAAGUCCUCCUGGCUAGCAGAUUACUGCAAGGAGGCAGAGCUGGGACAAGCUGGGGCCUCUCCCUCGGUCUCCUGGAUGGGCUCUUCGGUAGACCCCCCAUCCUUCGGACAGAGUCUCCCUCUUGCCUACCUUAGAACUAGAAGCACAGCCAGCCUGACUAGUCUUGAGAGGCAGAUCCACUCUAGAGCGGAUGUGAAGCUGUCAAAGAGAAGACAACCGUUUGUGCCGUACGCCUUGAGGAACCACACCGGCUGUACCAUGUGGUUCGCUACCAUCACCAUGACACCCACAAGGGUGGCUCUGUCUCACAGUGGAAGUUCAGACCCUAUCUCUGAUAGGGACGGGGGGAGGGGCUCAGAUGACACCCUCAACAUCAGCGAAUGGCGUGAAGUCCUGCCAGGAGAGGAGAUUCCCUUUGUGUUUGAAGCCAGAGAGAAGCUGCGUCACAGGCACACUCACGAGUUGAAGCUGCACCAGUUGCUGGUGCGGGUGGGGGGCUGGGAGCAGGUGAAACCCGUCUCCGUGGACAAGGUGGGGGUGUUCUUUCGAGACGCUGCACCCGACCGCAACAACCCCUCCAGCAUGGUUGGAAGCCCGAUCAGUAAGACUAACAUUAUCCAUCCCCAUGUCUAUUUCUCAGCUCUGCCCCCUGCACGAGUGGUUUUCUCCAUCACUUUGGAAGGCAGUGCCCGCAAGGUCAUCACAGUGCGGUCAGCCCUGAUGGUCAAGAACCGCCUGGAGGUGCCCAUGGAAGUGCGACUGGACAGCCCCUCAGCCCCCGACAAGCCCGUGGUGCUGCCGCCUAUCCUGCCUGGGGAGUCCCAGGCUGUGCCUCUUCACCUCACCUCCUGGAGGCUGCAGGCUCGACCUAAGGGCCUGGGCCUCUUCUUCUGCAAGACACCCAUCCACUGGACCAGCAUGGAGCGGCCUGGCGAGGUCAGCAGCAGCAAGAGGGAGUGCCACUCUGCAGACUACGAGGAGCACCUGAACCGCAGCUUCAGGUUCUGUGUGGUGAUUAAGAAGGAGAACUAUCCUGACUGUGUGCCCCCCAAAACGGAGCAGGGCAGUGCCAAGCAGAUCUACCGGCAGCCCGGGCACACCAUCUACCUGCUGCCCACCCUGGUCUUGGCCAACCUGCUACCCUGCGACCUGAGCUUCUACAUCAAGGGCACCUCCAUCAAGGGGGCCCUGAAACCGGGCAAGGAGGCCGUGCUGCACGCAGCUGACACCUCACAGAACAUUGAGCUGGGGGUGCAUCUGGAGAACUUCCCUGUGUGCAAGGAGCUGCUGAUCCCCGUGGGCACGCAGAACUACGUGGUGCGCAUGCGGCUUUAUGACCCGAACAAGCGGCUGCUGUGUCUGACCAUCCGCAUCAUCUUGAGAUCGCAGGGAGCCCUGAAGAUCCUCAUCUCCGCCCCCUACUGGCUGCUCAACAAGACCGGGCUGCCCCUGAUUUUCCGGCAGGACAACGGGAAGACGGACGCGGCGGGGCAGUUUGAAGAGCACGAGCUGGCACGCAGCCUCAGCCCCAUGCUGUUCUGUUACUCUGACAAGGAGCAGCCCAACAUGUGCACCAUGAGAAUUGGGAAGGGGAUUCAUCCAGAGGGGGUUCCCGGCUGGUGUCAGGGCUUCUCUCUGGAUGGGGGCAGUGGCGUCCGAGCGGUCAAAGUCAUCCAGCACGGGAACCGGCCCGGCCUCAUCUACAACAUAGGGAUCAACGUGAGGAAGGGGAAAGGCCGUUACCAAGACACCCACAUCGUGACCUUUGCCCCUCGCUACCUGCUGGACAACAAGUCCUCCCACCAACUGGCCUUCUCCCAGCGCGAGUUUGCCAGAGGAAAGGGCACAACAAAUCCAGAGGGCUACAUCUCAACCCUGCCUGGCUCCAGCGUGGUCUUCCACUGGCCACGCAACGACUACGACCAGCUGCUGUGCGUGCGAUUGAUGGACACGCCCAACUGCACCUGGUCUGGAGGCUUCGAGGUCAACAAGCACAAGUCCUUCCACGUCAACAUGAGGGACACCCUGGGGAAUUGCUUCUUCCUGCGUGCUGAGGUCACCCUGAAGGGGGCGACGUACCGAAUCUCCUUCAGCGACACAGACCAGCUCCCUCCUCCGCUGCGCAUCGACAACCACUCGGAGGUCCCAAUUCAGUUCUGGCAGCACGGUGUGGCUGAUCUCCGCUUGCACACAGAGGUGAAGCCAGGGCUGUCUCUGGACUAUGCCUGGGAUGAGCCCACCCUGCCCUCCUACAUCACCCUGACAGUGAAGGGCGCCGGCUCCUCUGAAGUCACUGCAGAUAUGAACUUCUUCCGGGAAAACAAUAAGCUGUACUAUGAGAACUUCAUCUACAUCGCCGCUUCCUACACCUUCUCACAGAGCCAGGAGGCCAGCAAUAAGAGACCAAAGUCUGCAAACAGGGCUGUGAGGUGCUCUGAGCUGGUGCUGGAUGUGGAGACGAAGACCCAGAGAGUCAUUUUGAAAAAAAAGGAGCCAGGGAAGCGCUCUCAGCUCUGGCGCAUGACUGGCACUGGAAUGCUGUGUCACGAAGGCUCCUCCCCGCCGCAGAGUAAGCCCGCCCAGCCCCGACCCCAGGACUCCUCCCUUGUGCUAGACAUCGCCGGAUUGGCUGCUGUCACUAACAACAGCUUCGAGCCCCUGAUGCUGAGGAAGCCAGACUCGCGGCGUAGCACCACACAGACCUGGUACUUCAGCGCUGGCAAGCUCACCUGCGGCCUGCCUCGACUAGUAGUGCAGACGAGGCGCGGUGUCUCUGGUCUCUAUGACGGUGCGGAGGUAGUGCUGGGUCCGGACCCCUUCUCUGGUCUCGUCGACCCCAUUCCCCCUGAGCAGCAGUUCCACAAUCAGAAGAUGCGUCCCGGCUCAGGGGUCCUGUCAGUGGGGGUGAUGCCUGAUGGGCCCACGCGUGUGCUGCAGAUCACUGAUCUUAACCAGCGGCGCCCGACCCGCUCAUCCCCCAGCUCAGAGGAGGCUCUGGACAGGGAGAGCGAGAUGCGGAAGAGCACAGAGCAGGAGUUGGAGGUGCUGGUGAGCUUGGAGGAGGGGGUGGGCCUCUCCCUGGUCAACAAGGUCCCGGAGGAGCUGGUCUUCACCACGCUGUCAGGGAUCGACUUGCACUUCACCCAAACUGCAGCCAGCCAGGUCCUGGAGCUGAGCAUCAACCAAGUCCAGGUGGAUAACCAGCUGCUGGGCACGACUCAGCCAGUGAUGCUGUGUGUCACCCCCAGUAACAGCGAGAGUGGGGUGGUGGAGACGGGGCCCGUACUGCAGCUCAACACCAUGAAGGUGCCCAGCAACCUGAUGCUGACUGACCUCUUCAAGCACCUCAUGGUGACAGCCCGCCGGUUUACCAUCCAGAUUGAGGAGAAGCUACUGCUCAAGCUGCUAAGUUUCUUUGGCUAUGGACAAUCGGAGCCAGAGAUGGAGAAGCUGGAUGAGAGCCUGCAUGAAAAGCCCAGCGAGCAGGGAGGACCUGUGAAGCGCUACUACUUUGAGAACCUCAAGAUCAGCCUUCAGCAGAUCAAGCUGAGUGUCUUCACUUCCAGCAAGCUCUCUCCCGAACUCAAGGCUCUGAAGAGCACCCUGGGGAUCCCGCUGAUCCGUUUUGAAGAUGCUGUGAUCAACAUGGACCCCUACACCCGCGUGCACCCUUACGAGACCCAGGAGAUCAUUAUCAACGACAUCCUCAAACACUUUCUAGAGGAGCUGAUGGGCCAGGCCGCACAGAUCCUGGGCUCAGUGGAUUUCCUGGGGAACCCCAUGGGUCUUCUCAACGAUGUCACCGAGGGGGUCUCGGAACUCAUAAAGUAUGGCAACGUGGGAGGGCUGAUCCGGAACGUCACACACGGAGUCUCCAACUCAGCUGCCAAGUUUGCAGGGACGCUGUCGGACGGACUGGGGAAGACCAUGGAUAACCGGCACCAGUCAGAAAGGGAGUACAUCCGCUACCACGGGGCUACCAGCGGGGAGCAUCUGGUAGCCGGGAUCCACGGCCUGGCUCAUGGAAUUAUUGGCGGGCUGACCAGUGUCAUCACCUCUACUGUGGAGGGGGUGAAGACAGAGGGCGGGAUGAGCGGCUUCUUCUCCGGUCUGGGCAAAGGGCUGGUCGGCACGGUAACCAAGCCGGUGGCUGGAGCGCUGGACUUCGCCUCUGAAACUGCCCAGACCGUCCGAGACAUGGCCAGCCUGAGCAACCACAGGAUGAGUGUGCAUCGCGUCAGGAAGCCGCGAUGCUGCAGGGGCCCACAGGGCCUACUGCCCCGGUACUCCUCCACCCAGGCUGAGGGACAGGAGCAGCUAUUCCGCCUCACUGACAACCUCCUGUCAGAGUUCUUCAUUGCGGUAGAGCCCAUCGACACAUACUGUGUCCUCAUCUCAUCUAAAGCUGUCUACUUCCUGAAGCCAGGGGACUGCGUCGAUCGAGACGCCAUCUUCCUCGAGGUCAAAUACGAUGACCUCUACCACUGCCUGGUCUCUAAGGAUCAUGGGAAAGUAUAUGUGCAACUCACCAAGAAAGCAGAGAACACAAGCAGUGGUGUGGCCAUCCCAGGACCUUCACACCAAAAACCCAUGGUUCAUGUGAAGACUGAAAACCUAGCUGUCAAAAUCUCUCAAGAAAUCAACUAUGCCAAGAGCCUCUACUACGAGCAGCAACUAAUGCUGCCGCCCAAUGAGAAUGAGAAUUACCCGGAGCUGGACUCCUAAUGGGCCAAUUAGGAAGGCUUCUUUGGUAACAGGUUAGCAUCCAAUCAGUGGGGAGAACUUCUUGAGAUAGCCAAUCACUGAUUCAACCCAACGGAUGCAGCAGAGUGGUAACAAAAAAGUUGUCUGUAGAGAAAACAAAGAUGUGACGCCUUUUUCAGUUUGAGUGUCUUGACAGGAUCUUUUCUUUUUAAUCCAAAGUGUACUGCUUGACCUGUAGAGGCACACAGCUAUAGUGGAAAAUAUGCAAUGAUAAUUAUUUUACGGUGUUCUGUAUUUGCGAUAUAAAUUUGAGAUUAGACAGGGGUGUGAAGAGAUCUUUAUUUUGCUACACUAUGUAAAAAAAAACUAAAAAAAAAAAUCUAUUGGGCCCUGUAAAAAUGGAAGGGGUCAACACAAUAGAAGUAUACAAAGUAUUUAUAGAAAGUCUUGUGUGCUGUAUAAAACUGCCUUUAUAAUUAAGAGAUGUACACUGUGGGCAAUCUGUGAGCACUUGACUGAAUCUAGACCCCACCUACAGGCACAGCUAUGGUGGAUACUGAAGCUGCACAGUCUUACCUAGCCCAGGAGGGGUUGCUAGAUGACAGGAAUUUGGCAGGUUGAGGAUGAAUGAAGUAUAUCAUGCAAAAGUGGCAGAGCCUUACGGAAUGUGAAUGUCACUGACAGUGUAUUGUCCACUGCAUACAUGAAGCACUGAAAUUAUGAAUAGUCUGAUCACCAUGCUCCUGAACUAGACACCACAGGCUGCUAUAACACAGUGCUCUCCAAUUUGAGUCUUUCAGAUCCCAGCCGUUAAGGAGUACAAGAAAAUGAGAAAUAUUUGCAUGCAAGAAGUCUUUUGCAGGAUCAAUGUUUUUUAGAAUCCCAUAUAAAACAAUGAUUUGCUUGUGUAAUAAAAAAAAAAGUCUUAAUUUUAAAGAAAGAUGUUCACAGACAAUGCUGGUAAACAGUCAAAACGAUAAAUAUGAUCAGCUAAUUUGCAACUUAGCAUAACUAUGUAGGUUACACCAUGAACACGAACAGGGAGUACUGCAGUUAUGUGAGUACAGCUUGUUUCCAGCUAUCCAUGUGUGUGAAAUAACCACAGCACUGCAUGCACGCUCAUGGGGUAUUCUGUUUUACAGAGUGCAAUGUAUGGAAAAAAGUGUUUAGUCCUAAAUUAAACAGCUGCAUCCUGAGAAUUACGAUCCUUAGAUCACACUCUGGAUCAGCUUAGCACAUUGUUAAAGAUUAAACUCCCAGUGUUAGAACAAAGUCUUCCCAUUUAAAUUCUUUUUUUAUAUAUAUUUUCCCAACGAAAGUGUAUUUUCUGUGCUUGUGCAAACCCUUUGAUCUAAUUAUAGAUGGUAAAACGUGCACUGCUCAUUUCACAGAAUGAGAAACAGCUGCAUUGCAGGGUCAGGGGUUUAGAAAGUCAAACAGUAUGGUGUUGUUUUACAAGAACCCAAUUAAAUUAGCUUUGUAUUGGGGCGGAGAUUUUGCCCUAAUGGAACGACGGUCAUUUGAAUUCCGUAAUUUAAUUAACAGCUCAUUCAUGGAGGUGUUAAUUGAAACUGAAUCAAUAUUGAUUCCCAUUUACUCCGUUAAUUACAGAAACUUUCAAUUUCCCCAUAAGUUUCACGCCAGGUAAUUGAAUUAGGCUGUUGAAAUGCAUGGAUUGUGUACUGAUCCUGUGGUCACUUUUAUUGUUUGUUUCUUUUUCAUACCAUAGAAAUCUCUGCCAAGUGCAGUUUUAGAACUGACCUACGACAUUUCAUUUAAAAAGUUCCAACAGUAAUCAGGCCCAGUUAAUUAAGAUAUUUAAAUCAAAAUCCUUUUUUUGUUUUUUUCUUGAAGCACAAACUAUUUCAAAACUAGUGCAACAUGACUUUUGUGGGUAUAUUUCUUGGUCAUAUUUUUCAGAAUCUCUUCAUUCUUAUCUGAUCAGUCCCACAUGGCUAGUCUUAACCCUAACAGGAGAAAGUCAAGGCAAGUGUGUACAUUUUUAAGCCUUGCAAAGAGGACACAAAUUUCCUAAUGCAGAUAAAGCUUAUUGCUUGUUUUCCAGUUUGUCUGUGACAGGCUAAUAGCUCUUAUAAAAGUUUACAAUUUUUAAUCACGGAUUAAUUAAUAAACCAGAGAUUAGCAGCAGCGUCAGGGUGCAGCAGUCUAAAGGGUCCCCCUCCCUGUCCUCAUACAAAUAAAAGAAAGGACCUUGACAUAGUUGGUCUGCUACCGUAUAUAACGUGAAAUCAACUGCAUUAUAAUUGUUUGAAAUGAAUUUGAAAUCCAAACACAGAUGUGACCUAUAUGUGGAAAAGCACUGAUUGGAUUACCUGUGUGAGAUUAUAAUGCAGUAGAAACAAUAUCACAAUUUGCUUUUUAUUUUAAAGUUAAACUUCAGUAAGCUGACCACAGGACGCUGUGCACACUGUGCAUUAAUUUUGUUUUUUCCCUUUUAGUAGUGCUUGGUGCUCCGAAAUGGCUCGUUAUCUGGACUGCAAAUUGGAGAUCUCUGCUCAAAGUAAUCGCAUAUUGCACAAUCAUUGUGGUGGUGUAUAUUAGGAAGGUUUAUAACCAGAAAGAUGGUGAGUUAAUGAACAAGCACAAUUAUUUAGACAGUUAUCUAUCAAUAGCCAUACUUCACACUUGUGUUAAAAAAAAAAAAAAACAGUUUCCAUUAAAACACAUUUGGCUAAUAUUGUAGACGAUACAUACAUUAGUUUAACUAAAAAUAAUUUCCACAGUUUGGAGACCUUACCGAAGUCUAUUAAACUAAUUAGUAUAUCUUUUUUCUAGUUUCAGGUGUGUACUAGUCAUGAGCAAAAAAGUAUACUGCAGUCAUUUUAAAACAGUUAUAACAUGCUGUUUGAAGCUAUGGAUAUUAAAACUAAGGGUAACUGUCUGAAUAUUAUUUGUGAGCUACUGUAUGUACUAUAGUACUAUCUAAAACUCUCUGGAAAUGUCCUUCUGGCCUGUUUGUAUAGCUCAAACCACUGGAUACAAAUGUUUUCUAUUAUUUUCAUCUGUACAAAGUGUAAAGGUUAAUAAUUAAAAUUGUUUUGUUUCUCUAAAGCUGUGCGUUUCCAUAUGAUUGUGAAGACAGACAGAUAGACAGACAGACAGACAGACAGGGGUUGGACAUUAAAAUGCAUGGCAACAAAUCAAAUCUGUCAAGUGUGUACUACAUUUUGCAAAGAUUCCAUCUCCCUGUUGCAGUUUCAGUCUCAAUGAACAUUAAAACAGAUCUAACACCGUUUGAUAGAGAUCUGACAGCAGGUGCUAUCCUUGACUGACUCGAGUACCCUGAAGGAAUUAAAGGUGGUAAUCACUGCGGAAUGGUCGUGUAUCCCUCCAGAUUGGUGAAAUUUUAUUGACAGCGUUAUGGUAGGUGUUCUUAAUGAUUUGGCCUCCGCUAUAUUAGCUGUAGCUGCCCAGUUGCCUUCAGAUGUAUCCCAGCUUCACUCCACCUCUGCUCACCCCAUUCUUCUUGUUGAUUGGCAUAUUAAUGGGGCAGGAGGGUCACCCCCUGGCUGGGGGGCAGUUCAAGGGCCGUUUGUCUUGCAGGCUGUGCGGGGCUCAGCAGCUCAGGCAGACCCUGUGAUGGAUGAGCCCAGUGUAGAGAGGGAGCGGCACUUUCCUGCCUCCGUCAGGGCUUCCAGACACAAUAACAGUACAGACACAGCCGAGAGCCCUGGGGUGUGAUAGCCUGAGAAUGCAGUGCAGUAUGGCACAGUUAACCAGAUAACCUGGUACUGGGGAUCUGUGAGCCAGCUAAUUCCAUACAGUAUAGUAUAGAGAACUCAGUUCUGGGGAUCUAAGAGACAGCUUUACGGUCAUUACAUGCCAAAACCUGCAAAUCCAGAUGAAUUUCUCAGACUGAAAUGAUCAAGGCUGUAUUGUUUCCAGGUAUAUGGUGUUUUCACUGAAUCCAUACAGGGUAAUAUAGCAAAAGCAGGUGGAUAAUUUAAUGAUUUAAAAUGUGCUUAAUAAAAAUAAAUCAUGAAUAAUGUCAUGGCAUGAAAGACCUUGAAUCCAUCUGCUGAUUAGACACAGAAGGAGCCUAUAGUGUAGAGAACAUAAGAACAUUUGCAAACAAGAAGAGGCCACCCAGCCCAUCAAUUCUCAUCUCGUUUAUAGUAGCUGAUUGAUCUCAAAAUUUUACCAAGUUAAAUGAUCCCAGUAAUUCAGCAUUAUGAACGUGGCUAGGUAACCCAUUCCAUGCCCUCCUCACUCUCCAGAGAAGUGUCUUCUACUCCCCCCCCCCCCCCCCCCCCCCUCCCCCUUAUUCCGCUUUGCCCUAGGCUAAAUAUAUUCAAUCAGCCUAUAGAUCCUAAACUAGUGCUAUUUGCCUACCUCCCUCCUCUCCACCUGCGUGGCCCCACAAAGCAGCACAUUUAACCGGGUGAAGAGUUCAGCGCAGGGUGAGCUGUCUGUCUCCUAGCCCUGCCUAAUUUAUCCACUAUUUGGCUAACCUUGCUCUGAACUCGCCCCCUGAGAUCUGAGCUCUCCUACACAGCCCCAAACACACACACACACACACACACACACACAGAGGGAUCAU